AUGGAAAUAAGUGAUGUAAAUAAUAUGUCUGAAACAACAUAAUGGAUUUACAAAAGCAAAGAAAUAUUAAAGCCAGUGUUUGAAACACAACUAGUUGGAAUGUCUCGGGCUGUGAUAGGAUUGCCAAUGGAUCAUAUUUUUGAUCGAUUUAAGACUUUAAUAUAAGCAUCAUAAAAUAAUAGUUUCAGAUAAGUAUGAUUGAAAUCUUGAGCAUAGUUGUUUCUUGAGAUUUACAAAAAGAAUGGUAUCUUUCGUGGUAUUUUUGCAGGGUUCUCUUCAUAAGUUACCAUUUAAAUAUUUAAAUAGUAUUAUAGGUUCAAAAUUUAAAAUAAUAUCUAGAUGGCCAAUGAUGAUCUUUAUUCCAAAAUUUUAUAAAGAAUAACUACCCUAAAUAACUAUGGAUAUAGCUCCAACUUUGCAUAAAGCUUUAACAGGAGUAACAAUUGCAUUAUUUGAAUCUUUUAUAACUUGUCCCUUUGAAAGAGUAAAAUGCUAAUUAAUGACUCAAACUGAGUCAAAAUCUGGUAUAAUAUUUAAAUAAUAUUUAGUUCUAAAAUAUAUGUGGUAGCAUGAUGGAGGUUUGAAAGGAUUUACUAGAGAUCUAUUCACAGGAAUGGAAAUUAUGAUGCUCAAAUAAGUAGUUUCUUGGACUAAUUAUCUUUAUUGGGAUCAUAAAGUUAGAUAUUAUUUUAAACAAAAUGUUUAAUCUCAACUUAAAUUUGAAUAAAUUUUAUUUUGCUCUGUAUUAACAGCUAUUCCUAAUAUAUUAAUUGUACAACCUUUUGAUGCUGUUAAAACUUAAUUUUAAAUGGAGAGUAAUCAUGAAUAUAAAAAUCUCUCAAUAUGGAAUGCAUUUAAAAAGGUUUAUAUAGAAAAAGGUAUCAAUGGCUUUUACGCUGGUUGGCAAAUGAGAUUUUAUUAAUUUUUAUUUUAAGCCUUACUUACAACUCCUGUAAUGGAUUACUUAGAGAGGUAAUAUGGAUUGCCUUUAGAAACUUUGUGA